AUGGAAAAUGACACAACAAUGUUUCACUUUAACCUCACAAUGUAUGUGAACAUAGGACCGUACCGCUAUCCAGCCUUUGCACUGUGCUUCCUGCUGUUUGCCUUUAAUGUAUUUGCUAAUCUUCUUUUAUUAGUGGUAAUAUCACGCAAGAGAACACUACAUGAGCCCAUGUAUGUUUUUAUUGCAUUUUUAUCUGUAAACUCUCUGUACGGUUCUGCUGGUUUCUUCCCCAGAUUCCUCAUGGACCUUCUGUCUGAUACUCAUUUGAUCUCUCGUCCAGCUUGUUUCACUCAGAUCUAUGUUAUCUACACCUAUGCUUCAUAUGAAUUUACCAUCCUGAGCAUUAUGGCAUAUGAUAGAUACGUUGCCGUAUGUGAUCCUUUACACUAUCACAGCAAGGUGGCCCCUCGGACAGUUUGUUGGUUGGCAGCCUUUGCUUGGAUAUGUCCAGCUUUUUCUGUUGGGGUAUGUCUUUAUUUAACGAUUAGACUUCCUUUGUGUGGCAACAAGAUCUUAAAAGUAUACUGUGCUAUCUGGAAUGUUGCCAAACUGUCAUGCGUUACCACUUUUAUCAACAAUAUUGUUGGCUUGCUUGUAACUGCAAUUACAAUAAUUCUGCCCCUGAUCUAUGUCUUGUAUACCUACUUUCGACUUAUACUUGUGUGCAAGAAGAGAUCAGCAGAAUUCAAGAGCAAAGUGUGGCAAACCUUCUUACCACACACUGUGACAUUUGUCAGCUAUUCCAUCACUGCAUUUUGUGAUAUUGCCCUAAGUCGUGUUAAUGUUGAAAAGCUGAACCCAUUUUUUGCCGUAAUUUUAUCAUUGGAGUUUGUGAUGAUACCUCCACUUCUGAACCCUCUUGUUUAUGGCCUGAAGUUGCCAGAAAUAAGAAGACACAUUUUCAGCAUGCUGUCAUGUUUGAAAGCUCUUUCUUAA